CUUAGCCGGCUCAAACGUUUCUGCGUGUUAUGUUCUGAGUUCCUCUGCUGGGUGCUGUGAGGGAGUUCAGACAAGCUCGAAACUCCAGACAUGGGUAUAGUGACCUAUGAUGAUGUGCAUGUCAACUUCACUCAGGAAGAGUGGGCUUUGCUGGAUCCUUCUCAGAAGAGUCUCUACAAAGAUGUGAUGCUGGAGACCUAUAGGAAUCUUGCUGCUAUAGGCUACGUUUGGGAACAUCUUAAUAUUGAAGAACAUUUUCAAAGUUCUAGAAGACAUGGAAGACAUGAGAGAAGUCAUACUGAAGAGCAGUCUUCUCAGUUUAUUCCAUGCGGUGAAGCCUUGGUACUUCACCGUUAUCUUCAAAUACAUAAAAGGACACACACUGGACAGAAAUCCUUUGAAUGUAACCAAUGUGGUAGAACCUUUUCAGGAAAUCGUCAUCUCCUAAGACAUAAAAGAAUACAUACUGGUGAGAAGCCCUAUAAGUGUAACCUAUGUGGUAAAGACUUCACACGACACUGUUCUCUUCAAAGACAUAAAAGAAUUCAUACAGGAGAGAAACCUUAUGAAUGUAAUCAGUGUGGUAAAGGCUUUGUAUGUCACAAUAGUCUCAAAAGACAUAAAAGAACACAUACAGGAGAGAAGCCCUAUAAAUGUAGUCAGUGUGAUAAAGCCUUUUCAUGUCCAAGUAGUCUCCUGUAUCAUAAAAGAACACAUACUGGAGAGAGACCAUAUGAAUGUAAUGAAUGCGGUAAAGCCUUUAAACGUUAUGGUCAUCUUCAUAUACAUAAAAGAACACACACUGGAGAGAAGCCCUUUGAAUGUGACCAAUGUGGUAAAACCUUUGCACGAAACAAUCAUCUCCUACAACAUAAGAGAGUACACAAUGGAGAGAAACCCUAUGAAUGCAAGCAUUGUGGUAAAGCCUUUGCAUAUUAUAAUAGUCUCCAAGUGCAUAACCGAACACAUACAGGAGAGAAACCCUAUGAGUGUAAUCAAUGUGGUAAAGCCUUUUCAUGUACAAGUGGUCUCCUGCAUCAUAAACAAAUACAUAACACACACAGGGGAGAAACCUUUUGAAUAUAAUCAAUGUGUUAAAGCCUUUCCAAACCAACCUAGUCUGCAAAUACAUAAAACAACACAUACUGGAGAGAAACUGUUUGAAUGCAACCAAUGUGGUAAAGCCGUUGCAUAUUCAUGGUCUUCUCUGAAUACAUGAAAGAAUAUCUACUGGAGAUGUAUAUUAUGAGUGCAAGCAAUGAAGCCUUUGCACAAAUCUGUAGUCAUCAUCUUGGAAGAAUCCAUACUGGAUAGAAACUCUGAAUGUAUUUAAUAUGGUGAAGCCUUUUCAAAUUCCACAAGUCUUCAUAAUCAUCAAAGAGAAACCCUAUAAAUGUAUUUAAUAUGGUGAAACCUUUGCACAUUUCUACAGUUUUCAUCAUCAUGAAAGUACUCACACUGUAGAGAAAGUCUGUGAGUGUAGCAAUGUGGAAAAGCCUAUGUGUAAUAUGGUCCUCUGUGAUCCAACACAACUCAAAACUCAUGCAAUGAAAAUGACUAGAAUUUAUAGUAGUGAAGCUGCUGCUGCUGGAUCAAGGCCAGAGAACAUACUUGAAGGCUGAACUGUGACCCUCCCAAUUCACCUCCUCACACUGAGCCACAGUGAAAACCAGAAAGGUCUGUGCCAAGUUACAGCUACAUUUCCCCACCAAACAGGAUUUAGUGAUAGGGGCUUUGUUCAUGGAGUUUACUAUGUCAUCUGAUACAGAACGUAGGUGUUACAAUCUAAUCAAUCAUAUCCACUGUUCUAUUGUGGUUAGGAACAGGCAUUAUGUUUUGAAGAGUAACAGAUGAAUAGAACAAGAAAUUAUUAGGGGCACUCAUUAUGUUUUCAGGAACAAAAAAUGCUCAAUGGAAGCUGGUCUACUAUUUGGAAGUCUCCAGCUGCCCUAGGGCCUGGGAAUUUGAACUUAGUUUCACCUUAUGAUUACAAAGAAGUUGAUAACAAAAAGGCAAUACUUAGGACAUAUUUCUUUUGCUUGUUCCCAACAUUUAUAUAUCACAGUCAUUUUGAAUACAUAAAAAAACCACAUUGGAGAGAAACCAUGCAAAUGUAAUCAAUGUGAUAAAGACUUUUCACAACACAGCUCUUUGCAAAUACAUAAAGGAACAUAUACUGGAUAGGAAUCUUAUGAAUAUACAGUUGAUUAAU